AGAUCUAACAACGACAAACAAAUGCGACACGAUCUCCAAACCAAUUCAAUUCCCUACACCUAGACUCCUGAUAUAAUACAACUCCACGAUACACAGCAUCUCGAUACGCGAUUGCGUCUGUGACACCAAUGCCGCCCUUCAAUAAUAUGAGCGCAUUGCCAUCGCUGCGCAAACAACAGCUCCUUUCAGAAUUCUCUGGACUCAAGCAAGCAUGCCCUGAGGGCAUAUUUGUUAGUCUCACCCCAGGCGAUGCCACGCUCUGGUCUGGUGUUCUCUUCGUUCGCAAAGGCCCCUAUUGCCCUGCUAUACUCAGAUUCCAAAUAUCAUUCCCCGACUCGUAUCCCCAACUCCCACCUCUCGUCGUCUUCUCAACAGACAUGUUCCAUCCUCUCAUCACACCCUUAACAACAUACAUGUACACAACCGACAUUCAAGAAAGCGGCACAGUGAGUGCGUCGGAUCAAGAACGGCUACCACCAGGAGGCUUCAGCUUGCGCCAUGGAUUCCCGGACUGGUUUGGACGAGGACGACGGAGUGUGGUGGAAGCGAAACAAGCGCCUGUAGCGAGUCCUGGUUCGACUAGUAACUCGACAACAUCAGCAGCUCCAUCAUCGGGAACGCCUUCGUAUAUACGCACCGGGAAAAAGAGUGUUUCGGCUUAUGAAGUUCUACACUACAUCCGCAGUGCCUUUGAUACAGAAGAAGUUCUCGACUCGGUACCCCUCGCGGCGGCAGGAAACCCAGGAGCUUGGAACGCAUGGAGAACGUACCGCAAAGCAACGGGGAAGCUGGUGGAAGAUACAACUGCGGAGGAAGAGCAGAAGGAACAAGAGCAAAGCGAGCACAGGCCAGAGAGCGUAAAAUCGGGGUCAUCUACGGCUACACCAAGACGACCUGGAGAAUGGAAUUGGGAUGGAGUCUGGGAGGAUAGAGUCAAGAAGAACGUUUCUGCAAGUUUGUCAGAGCCUGUCCUCUAUGGAGACACCAAGAAUUCAGAUGACCUGAUCAAGUUUCUUGCAAUGGAGGACACUGAUAUCGAUUCGGUGAAGGAGAACCUACGCCGGACACUUGGGCAAGCUACAUAAACUUCAACUUGACUUGCCUUAGGGUCCCUAUCUGUUUUAGUCUCCGGUGUUUUCGACUUCUUUAGAUGCGGCCUUGCAGUUGUGCCUUAGGUAGCUGCUGCUCAAGGGCAUUGUUUUCGACAUCAGGGCAGUAACUCUGCACCUCUUGUCUUAUAGCAUAGCAUGAUCUUCCGUUUUACUAUGUUCGCUCUAAUAGCAAGAGCAACUCUGAUACCCCUAAGAACC